AUGAGGGAACGGAAGAUCCUCCUCGGUUAUAUUACGGUACUGGUGGUGGACUUGGGAGCAUUUCUUGGAAUUGGAGAUCUACCUGCAAGGACACAUCACAGGGUGACCCUGGCACGAUUGGAGGAGCCACCUUACACAUCAAAAAUCGAGACAUGGUGGCAGUUUCUUCUCGCGGCCCUAAGUCCGCAAAUGACCUUCGACAUUUUACAACUACGGGAAAAUGGCUAA